CGGCAAUGUUACGAGUAUCUAGACGAGGACGCGCGAGAACGUUUCCAUUUGAAAUAGGACCUCAUUGUAAUUAGUAUAAGAUUAAAAAACUAAUAUCGAUCAGUGUGGUUAUUUGGUCAGUUUUGCUCUAGAUAAAAUGUAUUCAUUGUAUAGAUUAUGCUUGGUUUUGUUGUUCGGUGUUUAUUGUGAAGCUCAGCUGAGGAAAGAGGCCUACAUGACUGUCCCAAACCUUAUCAAAGCAGCAGGCUACCCAGUAGAGAAGCACCGAGUUUACACCCAAGAUGGCUAUAUACUGCAGAUGCACAGGAUUCCGGCCGGAAGACGGAUCGUCAGACGAAUUGACGAGCCAAGCGCUAAAGGAAAGAAGGUCAUCAUGAUUGUACACGGCCUCUCUGGCAGCAGCGGAGACUUCGUCAUAAUGGGACCCGAGAAAAGCCUAGCUUACAUUUUGGCUGAUGCUGGCUACGAUGUCUGGUUGGCCAAUCUAAGGGGUACCGACUACAGCAGCCACGUCAAUCUUACAAAAAGCGAACAGAAAUUCUGGGAAUUCAGCUUCCACGAACACGGCAAAUAUGACCUGCCGGCUAUGAUUGACCACGUUCUGAACGUGACGGGGGUGGAGAAGAUCAUAUACCUGGGCCACUCCAUGGGAACCACCAGCUUCUUCACUAUGAUGUCCAUGAAACCAGAAUACAAUGACAAAUUAUCAUUCUGUGUGGCGAUGGGAGCCGCUAUCUAUUUGGAAAACGUAAAACCGCUUGCAAAAUUAGCGCUGGUGAAUUUGAAUUUAACGAACAUUAUGCGAGAGAGAGGCGUCUGGGGUAUCCAGCCAUCGCUGGUUCAUUGGGCGGUGAAGAAUCUGUGUACACUGAAUCAGCCCGAGAUUGAUAUGUGCGCUUACUUCAUAUUUUCUAUUAUCGGCGAAGAUCGGGAACAACAUGACUUGGACAUAUUCCCUAUCUACCUGCAAAGGAUCCAAAUGUCGCCGUUCCGUUCAUUGGAGCAUUAUGGAAAAAUUGCCUUAACAGGAGUGUUCACGACAUUCAGUGGUGGUGUAUAUGGUCCAGUGAAACCAUACAACUUGACUAACGUUAGAAUACCUGUCACCUUGGUAUACGGAGAGAAUGAUCAAUUGACUGAAAAGUCGCAAAUCAUGAAGUUGGCUGAGGAGCUCAAAUAUAACGGUGUUCUUGAAGAAGUGAGGCCAGCGUGCUCCUGGCCCAAGUUUAACCAUUUCGACUUUCUAUUUGCUAAGGAUGUAGGCAAGCUACUGAACAAACCACUCGUCAAAUUAAUAGAUAAAUUGUACAAUAAAUAUAAUUUAGUAUGA